GCCAAAAUGAAGGGUUGGGGAUGGGUACUGAACCACGGAAGCCACUCCCAGGAGACUGACCGGUUUGACUUGUGCAGAUUCGGGCCCGCAUUCCGGGAUGGUUUGUUCUCGGGACCAGACCUGACCAGAAGUUGACCUCAUGAGCACAUCAGCCCCUCCCGCUGCCAUGCUCCUCCGGAGGCUGAGGCGGCUCUCCUGGGGCAGCACCGCCGUCCAGCUCUUGAUCUUAACGGUGGUGACAUUCGGCUUGCUGGCCCCCCUAGCCUGUCACCGCCUCCUGCACUCUUACUUCUAUCUGCGCCAUUGGCACCUGAACCAAAUGAGUCAAGAGUUCCUGCAGCAAAGUUUGAAAGAGGGCGAAGCUGCCCUCCACUACUUUGAGGAGCUGCCGUCUGCCAAUGGCUCGGUGCCCAUCGUCUGGCAGGCCACCCCCCGCCCCUGGCUGGUCAUCACCAUCAUCACUGUCGACAGGCAGCCUGGCUUCCACUACGUCUUGCAGGUGGUGUCCCAGUUUCACCGGCUUCUGCAACAAUGCGGCCCCCAGUGCGAGGGGCACCAGCUCUUCCUAUGCAAUGUGGAACGUAGCGUGAGCCACUUCGAUGCCAAGCUGCUGUCGAAGUAUGUCCCGGUGGCCAACCGCUAUGAGGGCACUGAGGAUGAUUAUGGGGAUGACCCUUCGACCAACUCGUUUGAGAAAGAGAAGCAGGACUAUGUCUAUUGCCUGGAGUCCUCCCUGCAGACCUACAACCCAGACUAUGUCCUGAUGGUGGAAGACGACGCCGUCCCGGAAGAGCAGAUCUUCCCGGUCUUGGAGCACCUUCUGCGGGCUCGCUUCUCCGAGCCGCACCUCAGAGAUGCCCUUUAUCUGAAGCUCUAUCAUCCCGAGAGGCUCCAGCACUACAUCAACCCAGAGCCCAUGCGGAUCCUGGAGUGGGUCGGCGUGGGCAUGUUGCUGGGGCCCUUGCUAACCUGGCUAUACGUGCGGUUUGCCAGCCGUCCAGGGUUCAGCUGGCCCGUCAUGCUCUUCUUCUCCCUGUAUAGCAUGGGCCUGGUGGAACUGGUGGGCCGGCACUAUUUCCUGGAACUGCGGCGGCUGAGUCCUUCCCUGUACAGCGUGGUCCCUGCCUCUCAGUGUUGCACCCCCGCCAUGCUCUUCCCUGCCCCUGCGGCCCGCCGGACCCUCACCUACCUGUCUCAGGUGUACUGCCACAAGGGCUUCGGCAAGGACAUGGCACUCUACUCACUGUUGAGGGCCAAGGGGGAGCGGGCCUACGUGGUGGAGCCCAACCUCGUGAAGCACAUCGGGCUCUUCUCCAGCCUCCGGUACAACUUUCAUCCCAGUCUGCUCUAGAGUGCCAAGAAAUGCCUUUCUGAACUUGGCCGCUUCUCGGUGAUUGCGAUACCGAGCUCUUUAUUUCGACAUGGUUGCUUGCAGUUAUUUCAUUGUUUCAUGCUGUUAGGGAUCUAGGCACUGAGACAGCUGAGAACGUACACGUCAAGAACCUUGGCUUUCGUAACUCUGGCAGGAGUGGAUGUUCGCCCCGAGGCGGGACCCCUCUCCCUCCACACAGCCACACUGCCUCAUGGAGUCUGACCCGCCCGCCCAGGGGCCAUUUAAAUACCAGUUGUAUUCUGCAGUCGCGUCAGCUCUGCUUUGUGAUCGAGCUUGUGACUGCCAGAAAUAUUGUGCACAAAGAUAAUGACCGUUUUAGGAUUUUAAGGGUAGGAUUUGGUGAAAGGCGAGAUCCUUUCGAAGGGAUUUCUUUCUCACUGGGCAUGAGAAUGGAUGUAUGUCUAGAACAUAUGUCCAAAGAGGCAGGACCAUAUUGGCAGGUUCCAUUUGUUUCUUUGACCUGGUGUAGUAAAAGCCGUUGGCAGUGCCUGACGACUUGGCGGCAGGUGAUCUUGCUUCUGUUACGUGGUGUUUCUUUCCCAUGCAUCUGUAGCGUACUGAUGGUCAGUAUUGUUGUGAGAACUUUAAGGCACAGCAAGAUCUGGAAGCGCCUUCUGGAUCAUCAAGGUCAGACUGCUUAUGUUCAGUAGUGAUUUCGUAUUGAACGUUUCUAUCAUAUUCUGAUUCUUUGAAAAUUGGACAUUGAAGAAUGAUGUAAACUGGGUGAGCUCUUUACUAAUAGCAUAUCCUUUUCCCUAACUUUGCUGGCUAACCGUUCAACCUCAUUUUUUUUUUCCUUCUGGGUAUCAUGAUGUUAGAGAAGCAAAAGCGUAGACUGUGAAGUCGGAAGGGCCUGAGUUUUUAUUUCAGAUCUCUGCCAUGUCCUAGUGAUGUGCACUUGGGCAAGUCAUGACCACUCUGAGUCUCUGUUUUUUCACGUGUAAAAUGGGGAUGGCCAUACCUACCUUUGAAAGUUGCCUUGAGGAUCAAGUGACAGAACGUAUGUAAAACACCCAGCAAGUGCAUAUAACACUCAAGUGUAUUUUGGAUAAAGAUAUUAGAGAUACUGCUUGAAGUGUGUAGUAGGGCCCUAGGGCUCCCACCCGGGGGGGGUAGCCAUUCUGGACCAAACUCCUAGAAUAAAGGCUGGCUUGUUGUUGUGUUGAAGGAGAUGUAGCUCAGCUUUCACCUGGCGCUGCGUCCAGCCAAGACAAAAAUGGUUCGUUCGAACCGGAAAUGAUCUGAGACUGGUCUUGAGCUUAUUCCAAGACCUGCGUCUGAAAACUACUCUCCUCCGAAGUUACACUUAAAUGUCCCCUGACGAUACUUACCAAGCCAGAGGCCAGUAAGUCCCCUCGUGAAGGUGGAUGUCGACAUCGGAGUUCAAGCGUUGACGGGUCGUUUCAUUUGCUUUUGAAAUUUCCAGUGAGCUUCCAUCCGGAGAUCCCCUGGAGAGCACUGAGACAGGACCUGGGAGUUCCACACCAUGCUUUGCAGAUGGACAAACUGAGGCCAAGGGAGGUGAAACCGCUUCCCCGGGGUCGCUCAGCUGGACAGCAGCGGACUUCCAGCUCCGGCACUUUUCUCUUAAGCACAUUCAUUUUCUAAAUAUCCAUGCCGUCAGCAUCUCUUUUGUAGAACCUGAUUGUAACCUGGGCGGAACAAUGUCUCUGUAAGCUCCCAUGGUAGAAACUCAUUGUCCUGUAGGUCUUGGGGAACCAACAAGUCUACGUGUGUGUUGUGUUGUUCUCAUGAGACGUCAUGUGUCGCUCAGGAAUGUCCGGAGUGAGCGGAGCUUCUGGAUGACUUGUCAGGAUGUUCAGAUUCCACUGCUUCAUUCAUCCCCUCCCCAUCCCUGGCUCAUCCCAUGUUCGCGAACAGAAGCACCCCUGGCCUGCACCUCUAAAUUAGAGUCUGUUGCAUUAACGAUUGGAUCUCCUCGGGAAUGUUUUUUGCCCAGCAACAGGAAAGUUACAUCUAAGCUAGCUAAGCAGAAGAUAGGGAAUCAUUGCUGGUUUAUAUUUCUGCUCUUUCGGAUUCAGUUGUCUACCGCAUGCAGAUAUCUCCUCCCUUGACUCCUUCAUUCUGGACGGCUAAAGCCAUCUUUGCCUUGUCUAAUUUCCUAUGUAUCCACUAAGAUGCCUUCCCCCGUCGAUCUUAACUAGAGCCUACUGUCUUUGGACAUUUUCUGCAGAGGCAGGCUCAGUUCUGCUGUCUUAUCCUCACCCUCUUCUAGAUCUCCGUCCCUUUUGUCCCUCAUUCCUAGAGUCCAGUUUUUGUGUGCUGUCCUUGGUUAAGACAGCUGGCAGCUUUACACCAAAGCUGAAGUCUCGUUUAAUCCUAAGCAAGGGGGCUAGAGGAGAACUAAAGGACAUAGGUCACCAGGAGGGUGAAGGUCUCUAACAGAACCUGCUCACCCUUCAGGGUUUAAAUAAUUGUCAGGCCUAAGAAGCUCCCUGUUGCGACUGGGUAUAUUUGCAUAGACGUAUCAGUUCAAAUUAGAACACCUGUUCCACUGAGGCAUCCUGAGAAGACUUUUGUCAUUCUCUCUCAUUCCUUUUUUUUUUUUUAAGAUUUUAUUUAUUUAUUUGACAGAGGGAGACACAGUGAGAGA